UGUGUGAGUCUGUGAUACUGUAGCUUUAGGUGUGCAAACCCCAAGGGAACCGCGCUCUUGCACCGAGACACUUGCAGCACCAAAACCGGCCUUUUAAGCACUGAACCCAAACUUUCUGCUCUAAUCAAUGCGCAUACUUGCAAAUGAAGGCGAUGCACGCUAGUUGUCCAGCUUUUGGUCUGGAGCCCGAGCUAUCUCCACUGUGCUCGUUGCGUCUAUGGCUCUAGCGUGAUCUAUCCUACUAAGAUUUACAGAGUUCCCAGUUGUGCAGCUGCUUGGGCGGGCUUCUGAUAGGCCCGCGCUCUCGACGUAAAGAAGAAUGUCGGAGCCUGGGGACGACGAAUUUGACCCUCCGCCGCCCGGCGAGGACGAGACUCCUGCUCCGAUAGAGGUGGCGGAAGCCGCUGCGGCCGAAGUGCAAGGAGCUGCACAUGCCGGCGACGCCUCCGCUGCUGCGACCGCAACAGACGCCACCGCCGCGACUGCCGCCACCGACCCCGCCGCUUACGCGGCAGCCUAUGGUUAUCCGCCGGGCUACGCCCCUAACUCAUACGCGGACUACUAUACGUCUGCGUACUACUACUCAGCGUAUGCAGGCUAUCCGGGAUACUAUGAUUACUAUGGAACAGCAGCCGCAGCCGCAGGCACAGAUACCUCCACAGCAGCCGCGAAGGAUCGACCAGUGCAGGUCAAGAGGGCUGGCAUUGAUUAUGUGGUUCCCCUAAACGCGUCUGCAAAGGCAAAUGGUUCAAAAUCAGCUGGCGGUCAGGCGAACAAGUCUGCGGGAUCUGGGUCGGGCCAAGGGCAUGUCGCAGCGGGUGGUGGUGGCGGUGCAGGGGGGUACGACGAUGCGAUGGCCCUGCCGCCUCCCUCCGAGCCCAAGCCCACAGCGGCGGGCACCGGGGUUGUUGAGGCGCACCGGCCGCCGCCGGCCGCUGCCCACCAGUACCCUCCAGAGGAGGAGCUGACGGAGUUCCAGCGGAAGAUGCUGGAGCUGAUGGAGAAGAAGAAGGAGGAGGCGGAGCGCAAGAGGAAGGGCCAGCAGCAGACGCUGCAUACGCUGCGUGGCGCGCGCAUGGCCAUCGCGGCGGGCGCGGCAGGCGCCGCCGCUGCCGCCGCCUCAAAUAUGGGCGGUGGCUCCGCUGCCGUGGCUGCCGCCGCGCGGCUGAUCAACUCCGGCGACCCACUCGCAGCGUUCUCCGAGGAGCCUCCCUCUAAGCCUCCCUCUAAGCCGGACCCCAAAGCCAAAGCCGAUGCCGGCGCGGCUGGGGGCACCAGCAAGAAGCACCAGAUCGGCGGCCUCAACAACCUCAGCCUCAUCAUCAAUGCGCCACUGGCGGCGCUAACGUUGCCGCCGAAGUUUGAAGGCCCCACGCCAGCCGAGCUGAAGUAUGGCCGCCCGCGCAGCCGCAGCCGGAGUCGUGGGCGGGGCGGACGGUAUAACAGCCGAAGUCGGAGCCGCAGCCGCGGGCGCUACAGCAGCCGCAGCAGGAGCCCUGACAGCAGCCGGAGCAGGAGCCGCAGUCCGGGCCGGCGCGGCCGCAGUCUGAGCUACAGCCCCCGUCGCGGAGACGGAUACGGCGGCUUCCGCGGCCGUGGCCGAGGCGAGUUCAGGGGACGGGGCGGCUGGCGCGGCCGCGGCGGGCGCUUCGACGGCGGCCGCGGCCGCGGGCGGGGCGACUGGGCCGGCGAGGGCGGCUACAAUCGCGGACGGAGCCGGAGCCGGUCGUUUAGCCGCAGCGCCAGCAGGAGCCGGAGCCGCGGGCGCAGCGACAGCCGCAGCCCUGUCCGCCGCAGCCCGGUCCGGCGCAGCAGGAGCCCGGGGCCGCCGCGGCGAGACGGAGUCCCUCCUUCAGCCGCCGUGGGCAGCCCGCGGGUCCGUGAGGGCGCUACCGCCCCCCGCAGCCGCUCUGCCAGCCCUCGACGACGUGUUAGUGAUGAUGGCCGCCGGCCGUGGGGCGACGAGCCGCUGCGCCGCGGUCGUGGCGACGGCGGCGAUGGGGACAGCGACCAUGAGUAUCGUGGAGGAGAGGGUGGCGGCCGCGGCUUCGGAAGGCGUGGCGGCCGAGGUGGGCCCUGGCCAGGCAGCCGUGGUGGACCGGCCGGUCGGGGAGGCGGUGGCGGCCCUCCUCACAACCGCGACCGCGAUUAUGACAGCGGGUACGACGAUGGGCCCGGACGUGGUCCUGGGCGUGGGCGGGGCGGCGGCUACUCCGGCAGGGGCCGGGGCGGCCGCGGCGAUGGCGCCUGGCACUCGGACGAGGAGCGCGAUUACCACGAGGGAGCCGGCAGCCGGGGGCGUGGGGAACACGGCGGCUUCCGUGGCGGCCGCGGCGGCUACGGGCAUGACAUGGGCCGGGAUGGCGGCUUACGUGGGCGCGGGCGCGGCCCCUUCGGCCCCGGCCGUGAUGGCGGCUACGAGCGGAGGUACAAUGACCACGGGGACGACCGCGAUGACGAAUGGCGGGACGGCUACCGCGGCGGUGGGCGCGGCGGUGGUGGGCGCAGCGGCUACGACGAUGAGCGUGGCUACCGGGGGUAUGAUGGCUACGGCCCUGGCGGCGGCCGUGGCCGCGGCCGUGGCGGCUGGCACGGUGAGGGCCGUGGCGGCGGUGGCCCGCUUCCGGAGGAGCGCUGGCGGCCUGACCUUUCGCCCGAGCAUGAGAUGAUGCUACCAGCUGAGCGCGGAAGCGAGCGCGACGCAGGUGGCCGCAGCCCAGUUCGCCGUGGCUCUUUGUCGCCAGAGCGCGGCCUGGAGCGGGCGCGCGAUGUCAGGCGAAGCCGGGACCUCAGCAAUGGCGGUCAGGAGAGGGCUGCGCCAGCCGACGCCAGCCGCGGAGCUGAGCCGCCGCUGCAGCGCUCAGCGGCUGUAGCACCGGCAGCGGCUCUGGCGCCGGCUGCAGGGCCCUCCGUCGCGAUGGCGGCCAUGGAGGAAGAGCAGCGGUUGCAGGAGGAGGAGCGGCUACUGGCGGAGGCUGCGGCAAAGGCGGCUGCGGCUGCGGCGGCUGCCAAGGCCGCGGCGGAAAAGAGCGCACACGACUUCAUCACGGCGUUCGAGGACCUUGACAAGCUAGACAUCAUAGACACCAGCUUGGCGCUGCGGCCGCUGUCAGUUGGGCCACCCGCUAUCACGUCCGGCGGAGCGGCUGAUGACGAUGGAGGGCCAGCGGGAAUGUGGGUUGAGGUUAAGCCCAGCGCGCCAGCAGUGGCGCCGCAGGCUCAGGUACCGCCGCCCGCACCCCUGCCGUCGCCUUCUCUGGCUUCGGCUCCUGCCGUCAACCCUGCAGCUGCUGCGCCGGCACCUGAGCAGCGCCCUCGCAGCCCCAGCCCACCGGCAGUAGGAAUGGAGGUGGAGGCGGCCGCUGAGGAGCCGAAACCGGUGCCGCAGGCACAACAGCUGCAGCUGCAACAAGCAAUGCCCGAGCCGCAGCCGCAGUACCAGCAGCCGCCGCGUCGUACUGGGGCGGCUCAGGAGUGCGAUCGUGAGCAGUACCGUCCCCACGAUCGCGGCUGGGACCGGGAGGCUCCCCGGGGCCAGGAACGGCCGCGCGAGCGCAGACAGGGCGCCAACUCGGAGCGUGAGCGGGACUGGGAGCGUGAGUGUGAGCUUGACCGCAGCCAUGAGCGGGGCUGGGAGCGCGAGAGGCAGCGCGACAUCACGCAGGAGCCUGAGCGUGCGCCCCGCACUGAUCGCGAUCGCGGACGGCAGUGGAAUUAUGAUGCAGAGGGGGACCGGGGUCGGGAGCGCGAGGACGAGGGCCCGUCGCCGAAGCCGCCGGCGUCCACGCCAGGCAGCGCUAGCGACGGCGAAGAGGGCGGCAGAGGCGGUGCUGGCGCCGGCCAGGCGGUGUCGGGGCGCGAGGGCGAUGGUGCCGACGUGGAGGCGCUGGGCACCGGCAGCUCCAAGAAGCACAAGAAGCACAAGAAGAAGCACAAGAAGGAGAAGGACAAGGAGAAAAAGGAGAAGAAGGACAAAAAGAAGAAGGACAAAAAGGCUGGCGCGGCCGCAGAGGACGAGGAGCGGGGCCGUGAUGCGCGCGGCGCCGUCGAUUCUGACGCCAGCCCGCCAGUGGACCGCUACGGUGGUGGGCCUGACGGGCGGCGUGGUGGGCCGGAUGGCCGCCAUGAGCCUGCUGGGCCUGGUGGCGGCUACGGCCCUGGGCCGCGCGGCUGGCCGCCGACUGGCGGCGGCCCGCCGCCGGGCCCGCGCCGUGACUACGACAGCGAGGAAGAUUGUGGUUCCGACCGGGACCGGGAAUAUGACAGAGGGUACGGUGGCCAAGAGCGGGGGUACGGCCGUGGCGGCCGUGGCGGCCGUGGAGGAGACUACGGUCUGGAUGCACCGGGGCCUGCCUACCAUGACAGCAGCUAUGGAGGCGGCCGGGCAAGGGGCAGGGGUCCUAUCCGUGGCCGUGGCGGCUAUUACGGUGGGCGUGGGGGCGGCGAUGACUUCUACGAUGACCACGGCUGUGGACCUGGCGGCAGCUACCGCGGUGGCCGUGGCGGCCGCGGUGCGUUCCAGGGCCGUGGUGGCCGCAGCGGCCCUGGGGGUCCGUACGGCGCCGGCGGCGACUACCACAGCGAUGAGGAAGAUGAGGCGCCACGACGGCUGGCCAAGCGCGGACGCUAUGAGGACGAUGGUGGCUCGCCCCGACCUCCAGGCGGGGCGGACAGGCGCAUGUGGGAUGACGACCGCGGCGGAGGUCCUGUCUCCGGCUCGGGUGACGACGACGGCCCACCGCCUGGCCGUCAGCCGCAGCGACGCUACAGCCCCGGCGGCCGCUCCAUGUCGCCGCAGCCAGCGCAGCAGCGCCCGCGGCUAUCCUCCCACUCCCGCUCGCCCGUAGGCGACCGGGACCGCUCCCCGCGGCCAGGGAUCCGGGGCGGCGGCUCGCGCUCACCACCACCACGCGGGCGGGCGCCAGCCAGCGCCAGCGGCCCUCCGCGGCAUUUCAACCGGCCGUGGCACAGCCGCUCGCCGCCGCCACGGGACGGCUCCCGCUCGCCGCCGCCGCGCGGGCCCCCGGGCAGCGCUCCUGCAUUCCGGGGCAGAGGAGGCGGCGGCCACGCUGGCGGUCCAUAUCGUGGCCCUGGACCUUAUCGGGGCCGGUCCCAGUCACGGUCACGCUCACGAUCACCGCCUCGAGGGGCUACUGGAUUGAGCGGCCCGGCCGGCAGGCGCUUGCCGCCGCGAGGGCAGUCGCGCUCUCGCUCGCGCAGCCCACAGGGCCGCAGCCGCUCGCCACCUGCUCGCGGCGCCGGAGGGGCCGCCGCAGGGGUCGGCGCUGCCACCGCCGAAGCUGCUCCCGUGCCACUUGAGUUCAAGCGUACGCGUGGCAACUCGCCGCCCGACACGCGCACCAAGGACGAGAUUAAGGCGGAGCUGGCUCGCGCAACCGAGAUUGCGCGUGCCGCAUCCCAGCUGGCGGCGGGGCUGAUGCCGGCGGCGCCGCAGCAGCUGCAGCUGACGCGGCACGCGCGGCGGGUGUACGUCGGCUGCCUGCCUGUAGGCAUGUCGGAGGUGGCGCUGACUCAGUUCUUCAACCAGAUCAUGAUGGCCUCGGGUGCCACCACGCAGCCCGGCCCGCCCGUCAUGUCGUGCUUCAUGAACAACGACAAGCGCUUCGCCUUUCUGGAGAUGAGGUGUGUGGAGGAGACGUCCAACGCGAUGGCGUUUGACGGCAUCCAGUGCCAGGGCGAGGUGCUCAAGGUGCGGCGGCCGCACGACUACAACCCAGCAGCCGCCAAGCUUCUGGGGCCCACCGACCCGUCGCCCAAGGUGAAUCUGGCGCUGCUGGGCGUGAUCAACACGCUCGUGGAGGACGGCCCCAACAAGGUCUACAUCGGGGGCCUGCCCGCCUGUCUGUCGGAGGAGCAGGUGCGCCAGAUCCUGCAGGCGUUCGGCACCCUCAAGGCCUUCAACUUGGUGCUGGACCGCGAGACCGGCAACUCCAAGGGCUACGGCUUCUGCGAGUACGCCGACCCCUCCGUCACCGACAGCGCCAUCCAGGGUCUGUCCGCACUCAUCAUCCAGGGCAAGCCGCUCACUGCCCGCCGUGCCAACACCUCCGCCGAGACCUCGCUCACGCUGCAGACGCUCAUCGAACAGCAGCAGGCGGCGCUGGUCAGCAGUGGGGCAGGAGCCAACAACGGUGCCCCAUCACCGCAAGCACGCGCGGCACUCACCGCUGCUGCAACAGCUGUGGCGGUUGCGGCGGGCGCCAAGCCUGCAGCGUCGCAGCCCGCCGUACCACAGCCUGCCGUACCACAGCCAGCUGCGUCACCGCCGGCAGCAACGUCCCCUGCAGGCGGGGGCCACACGGUGGUACGGCUGUCCAAGAUGGUCUCAAGGGACGACCUGCUGGACGACGGCGAGUAUGCGGACCUGCUGGAUGACAUCACUGAGGAGGUGGGCAAGUAUGGCAAGCUGGUGGGUGUGGAGAUCCCGCGGCCCGGGGCAGCGGGCGCGGCCGACCCGCCCGGCGUGGGGCUAGUGUUCCUGUGUUACGAGGACACGGUUGGCGCCAAGCGCGCGCAGGUGGCGCUCAAAGGGCGGCAGUUUGGCGCGAACGUGGCUGAGGCGACGUUCUAUGACCGAGCGCGCUUUGACGCCCGCGACUUCGCUUAGGCGCUUUCGGUUGCGCAGGCGUCGAGAAGCUGGUGUCACGGCCAUACUGAUGAUAGCUAGUGGGCAGCGCAGGAUGCUCGGGAAAUGAGCGCGCCCGGCUGGGUCGGGUACAGCGUGUGAUGGUGUGUGCGGGCGCUUGGUCCGGGUGCGUGGGCAAUUCAUCUCAUCGGGUUGCCACGAUGAGUCCAGCUUAGGCCCUCGCCUCUGGACCACUUUGUAAUAAUUGUCCCUC